GCGGAGCCGGCCGUGCGGUGUGUGUGUAUGUGUUCGCGGGCCGCCGUCUCAGCCCCGGGAAGAUGGUGGCGGCGGCGGCGGCGGCGACUGAGGCGAGGCUGAGGGGGAGGACGGCGGCGACGACAGCGCCUGCGAGCAGGAACGGCGGGCGGUGCCGGGACUGGGACGCGACCCGGGCUGGGAGGCCGGGGCAGGGGGCCGGGCUGCGCCUCCCGCGGCGGCGGCUGCUGCUGCUGCUGCUGCUGCUCCCGCCGCUGCUGUUGCUGCCCUGGGCGGCCGAGGCCGCGGCGGCAGCGGCUGCGGUGUCGGGUUCAGCCGCAGCCGAGGCCAAGGAAUGUGACCGGCCCUGUGUCAACGGCGGCCGCUGCAACCCUGGCACCGGGCAGUGCAUCUGCCCCGCCGGCUGGGUGGGCGAGCAAUGCCAGCACUGCGGGGGCCGCUUCAGACUAACUGGAUCUUCUGGGUUUGUAACGGAUGGACCUGGAAAUUAUAAAUAUAAAACGAAGUGCACGUGGCUCAUUGAAGGACGGCCAAAUAGAAUAAUGAGACUUCGUUUCAAUCAUUUUGCUACAGAGUGUAGUUGGGACCAUUUAUACGUUUAUGAUGGGGACUCAAUUUAUGCACCCCUAGUUGCUGCGUUUAGCGGCCUCAUUGUUCCUGAGAGAGAUGGCAAUGAGACUGUCCCCGAGGUUGUUGCCACAUCAGGUUAUGCCCUGCUGCAUUUUUUUAGUGAUGCUGCUUAUAAUUUGACUGGAUUUAAUAUCACUUACAAUUUUGACAUGUGUCCGAAUAAUUGCUCAGGCCGAGGAGAAUGUAAGAUCAGUAAUAGCAGCAACACUGUUCAAUGUGAAUGUUCUGAAAACUGGAAAGGUGAAGCAUGUGACAUUCCUCACUGUAUAAAUAACUGUGGUUUUCCUCAUCGAGGCAUCUGCAAUUCAAGUGAGAUCAGAGGAUGCUCCUGCUUCUCAGAGUGGCAGGGUCCUGGAUGUUCAGUUCCUGUACCAGCUAACCAGUCAUUUUGGGCUCGAGAGGAAUAUUCUAGCCUAAAGCUCCCCAGAGCCUCUCACAAAGCUGUGGUCAAUGGAAAUAUAAUGUGGGUUGUUGGAGGAUAUAUGUUCAACCACUCAGAUUACAACAUGGUUUUAGCGUAUGACCUCGCUUCUAGGGAGUGGCUCACACUGAACCAUUCUGUGAACAAUGUGGUUGUUAGAUACGGUCAUUCUUUAGCAUUAUACAAGGAUAAAAUUUACAUGUACGGAGGAAAAAUUGAUUCAACAGGGAAUGUGACCAAUGAGUUGAGAGUGUUUCAUAUUCAUAAUGAAUCGUGGGUAUUGUUGACCCCUAAAGCAAAGGAGCAGUAUGCAGUGGUUGGGCACUCAGCACACAUUGUCACAUUGAAAACUGGCCGAGUGGUCAUGCUGGUCAUCUUUGGUCACUGCCCCCUCUAUGGAUAUAUAAGCAAUGUGCAAGAAUAUGACUUGGAUAAGAACACGUGGAGCAUAUUACCUAUCAAUGGUGCCCUUGUCCAAGGGGGCUACGGCCAUAGCAGUGUCUUUGACCACAGGACCAGGGCCCUGUACGUUCAUGGAGGCUACAAGGCUUUCAGUGCCAAUAAAUACCGGCUUGCAGAUGAUCUCUACAGAUAUGAUGUGGACACCCAGAUGUGGACCAUUCUUAAGGACAGCCGAUUUUUCCGUUACUUGCACACAGCUGUGAUAGUGAGUGGAACCAUGCUGGUGUUUGGAGGAAACACACACAAUGACACAUCCAUGAGCCAUGGCGCCAAAUGCUUCUCUUCAGAUUUCAUGGCUUAUGACAUUGCUUGUGAUCGCUGGUCAGUGCUUCCCAGACCUGAUCUCCACCAUGAUGUCAACAGAUUUGGCCAUUCCGCGGUCUUACACAACAGCACCAUGUAUGUAUUUGGUGGUUUUAAUAGUCUCCUUCUCAGUGACAUCCUCGUAUUCACCUCAGAGUGGUGUGAAGCACACCGGAGUGAAGCUGCUUGUCUAGCAGCAGGACCUGGCAUCCGGUGUGUGUGGGACACAGGGUCGUCUCAGUGUAUCUCCUGGGAGUUGGCAACUGAAGCACAAGAAGAAAAGUUAAAAUCAGAGUGUUUUUCCAAAAGAACUCUUGACCAUGACAGAUGUGACCAGCACACAGAUUGUUACAGCUGCACGGCCAACACCAACGACUGCCACUGGUGCAACGACCAUUGUGUCGCUAUGAACCACAGCUGCACAGAAAGCCAGAUCUCCAUUUCCAGAUAUGAGAAUUGCCCCAAGGAUAACCCCAUGUACUACUGUAACAAGAAGACCAGCUGCAGGAGCUGUGCCUUGGACCAGAACUGCCAGUGGGAGCCCCGGAAUCAGGAGUGCAUCGCCCUGCCCGAAAAUAUCUGUGGCACUGGCUGGCAUUUGGUUGGAAACUCAUGUUUGAAAAUUACUACUGCCAAGGAGAAUUAUGACAAUGCUAAAUUGUCCUGUAGGAACCACAAUGCCUUUUUGGCUUCUCUGACAACCCAGAAGAAGGUAGAAUUUGUCCUUAAGCAGCUGCGAAUAAUGCAGUCGUCGCACAGCAUGUCCAAGCUUACCUUAACCCCCUGGGUUGGCCUUCGGAAGAUCAAUGUGUCCUACUGGUGUUGGGAAGAUAUGUCCCCAUUUACAAAUAGUUUGCUACAGUGGAUGCCGUCUGAGCCCAGUGAUGCUGGAUUCUGUGGAAUCUUGUCAGAACCCAGUACUCGGGGUUUGAAGGCUGCAACCUGCAUCAACCCACUCAAUGGUAGUGUCUGUGAAAGGCCUGCGAACCACAGUGCUAAGCAGUGCCGGACGCCCUGUGCCUUGCGGACGGCGUGUGGAGAGUGUACCAGUGGCAGCUCCGAGUGCAUGUGGUGCAGCAACAUGAAGCAGUGUGUGGACUCCAAUGCCUACGUGGCCUCCUUCCCUUUUGGCCAGUGUAUGGAGUGGUAUACCAUGAGCAGCUGCCCCCCUGAAAAUUGUUCAGGCUACUGUACCUGUAGUCAUUGCUUGGAGCAACCAGGCUGUGGUUGGUGUACUGAUCCCAGCAAUACUGGCAAAGGAAAAUGCCUAGAGGGCUCCUAUAAAGGACCAGUGAAGAUGCCUUCACAGGCCCCUACAGGAAAUUCCUAUCUGCAGCCCCUUCUCAAUUCCAGCAUGUGUCUGGAGGACAGCAGAUACAACUGGUCUUUCAUUCACUGUCCAGCUUGCCAGUGCAACGGCCACAGCAAAUGCGUUAAUCAAAGUAUCUGUGAGAAGUGUGAGAACCUGACCACUGGCAAGAACUGCGAGACCUGUAUAUCUGGCUUCUAUGGUGAUCCCACCAACGGGGGAAAAUGUCAGCCAUGCAAGUGCAAUGGGCACGCGUCACUGUGCAAUACCAAUACGGGCAAGUGCUUCUGCACCACCAAGGGCGUCAAGGGGGACGAGUGCCAGCUAUGUGAAGUAGAAAAUCGAUACCAGGGAAACCCUCUCAAAGGAACAUGUUAUUAUACUCUUCUUAUUGACUAUCAGUUUACUUUUAGCCUAUCCCAGGAAGAUGACCGCUAUUACACAGCCAUCAAUUUUGUGGCUACACCUGAUGAACAAAACCGGGAUUUGGACAUGUUCAUCAAUGCCUCCAAAAACUUCAACCUCAACAUCACCUGGGCCCCCAGUUUCUCAGCUGGAACCCAGGCUGGAGAAGAGAUGCCUGUUGUUUCGAAAACCAACAUUAAGGAGUACAAAGAUAGCUUCUCUAAUGAGAAGUUUGAUUUUCGCAACCACCCAAACAUCACUUUCUUUGUGUAUGUCAGUAAUUUCACCUGGCCCAUCAAAAUUCAGAUUGCCUUCUCCCAGCACAGCAAUUUUAUGGACCUGGUACAGUUCUUCGUGACUUUCUUCAGUUGUUUCCUCUCUUUGCUCCUGGUGGCUGCUGUGGUUUGGAAGAUCAAACAAAGUUGUUGGGCCUCCAGGCGGAGAGAGCAACUUCUUCGAGAGAUGCAGCAGAUGGCCAGCCGUCCCUUUGCCUCUGUAAACGUUGCCUUGGAAACAGAUGAAGAGCCUCCUGAUCUUAUUGGGGGGAGUAUAAAGACUGUUCCCAAACCCAUUGCCCUGGAGCCAUGUUUUGGCAAUAAAGCUGCUGUCCUCUCUGUGUUUGUGAGGCUCCCUCGAGGCCUCGGUGGAAUCCCUCCUCCCGGGCAGUCGGGUCUCGCAGUGGCCAGCGCCCUGGUGGACAUUUCUCAGCAGAUGCCAAUAGUGUACAAAGAGAAGUCAGGAGCAGUGAGAAACCGGAAGCAGCAGCCCCCUGCACAGCCUGGGACCUGCAUUUGAUGCUGGGGCCAGGGACUGUCCGUGAGCGAGGUGUGUCAUGCCAGAGCUGUCUGCAGGGAGGGAGCAGGCAGGGAGACUCUGUGCAGCGGGGCAGAAGACUGGAAACCCUCGAAGCAUCUGACUCAUCUGCAUGUUCACAAGCUUUCUUUUGACGGUUUCUCCCAUCUGUACUCCAGCAUCUAACCUUUUACUUUUGCAUAGGAAAUAAUUGAUUUAAUUACAGUUCCAGGGGUGAUCUAGUUGUUGCUAGAGGAGGCCAGUGAAGAGCCAGUGAGAGAGCUAAGAAGGACACUCAGGUUCACUUGUGGAAAACUGUUCUUGGGGCUGUCUCAACUGUGCAAAAAACAAAAGAUGUAGUGUUUACAAAUAGACAUUUCUCAUCAGUCGUUCUUGAACAUGAUCUUUUAAAAACUAGUCAGAUGAAUUAACUUGUUUUCGUCUGAAGCCUGCUAUCUUUUUAAAAAGAUGUGCUACUUAUUCUUGCACGAUUUAGGCAGAUCUCUCUCUUCCAGGGAGUAGCUUUUUUCUAGUUGAGAACUAAUAAUGGUCCAUCUCUUUUGAAUCAUAUCAAACUAAGAUAGAAGGGGGCUAUUUUAAAUGUCGAGGUCAGCACUGUUACUUAGAAUGUAAACUGAUGUAAUAGGUAGUUUUCUAUAGCAACUUGAUUAAUUUAGUCUUAAUCCAUUUGAAAUUCUUCUCUUUCUCUCUCUCUCUCUCUCACACACACACACACACACACACACACACACACAUACACUAAGUGCCUAGACUUUAAAUAGAUCUAGCAAUUGGAAAGUUAGUAAGCCUAAGUUUUUACAUAAUUGCAUUCCUACAUUCUUAUAAAAUUUAAAUAGCUACCAUUGGCAAUCUGCUCUUUUUCUAAAAUCUAAUUUGCAGCCAGGAAAGAAUUUUCUCACCCCAAGGAACAUUUAACGGAGCAGCAGGGACUGUGAGGAAGGCAGCGAUGAACUAACUGUGAAAGCUCCUGUUUUUAUUGUUGUCAAAAAGGACAGUAAUCAGGCAUGGUCCCCAUGUGCCUCCCUGUCCCCUGCCCCCAAGGUCACUCUAUGUGUGAUGUCACUUCAGCCCUUCUGGCGUCCUACUGCCAGGGCACCACAGAGGAAGGGAUUCACUCAUGUUACAUGUCUCCCUUGAGCAGAAAAGAGCAUGACAGCACUUGGGACCCCUGGAUCAAAGAGUGACUCUUUGUUCCUGUGACCUGCUCUGAGCAUAUGCGCCACUCUCAGGCUGCAGGUGGAAUCACACACCAGGAGAGGGACAGUCUCCCAUUAUCGGCAGAACCUGCCCCGGAGCGUGAAGAAGGACCUGGAGCUGUUUGCUCUCUUCCCCCGAGGAGAGGCUCGGCUCUCUUCUGUCUUCCUCCCAGACUCAGGUGGUGCCUGUGGGGAGGGCAGUGAACACUGAUAAGAAUGAAAAGCACAUGGGAAAAAUGGACGAGGAGGGAAACGAUACCAAAUGGAAAGUGACCAAAUGUAGUGGGGUAGAGCAGUCCCUGCCCUUCUCCGCCAGGGCACUCCCUGGAUGUCAUGUUGUCCCCACCUAUGGUGCUCUGUCUUCUGGCAUUAUGCAGCAGCCUCCCAAGAUCUCUCUUCUGCUUCGAAACCUGGAGUUCUCUGGCAUUACCCUAUUGGGAUGGACCUCUAGACAACUCAAGUUUGUGCAAUUGGAGAAAUUAACACUCAAAAGAGCAAAGACUGUGGCAUUUCACCUUUAAAUGAAGUGCCUAGAGAGGGAGUAUUGUCUCUUCCCCAACACUAACCCCACUCCCAUGAAGAAUUGCCUGGAAGGAGGUUUUCAAGGAAGUUGAACGAUAAAACUCAGAUGCACAAAACACCUCUACUUUGAGACUUGCCUCUCAAAAAGCUGCUUUUUCACGUUAUUGUUAAAGAGCAGACGGUUCUAGAAAAGACCCGUCCUCUUACUAACUCCCCAUAUCCCUGCUCCAGAUCACAGCACCCACAGAGAGCCUGCCGUGGCCUGGCCCUUCACCCCUGUAAUUACCAUGAGGCUUCUUGGCAGAAAAAGAGGGAGGCCACGGGAGAGGGUCUUCCCACAAGGGAAACCCUUGUUUGUUCAAAGGACCAGUGUUUGCUUGGCCAAAGAAGUCUCUUCCCCGUGGUAGUUCCAUGCCUUGAAAUAACAUGUCCCAUGUCUCCUAAGCACCUGGUUAUUUCUUUUUUUUUUCCUAAAAAAUAAAUGUUUAUUUUUAAGAAGGAAGGAAGGAAGGAGCAAGUGAAGUUUAAUUCUGCUCCAGCAGUGGAGAAACAGCUGAAUCCACCUGCUUCUCCUUUGCAGCCAAUAGCAAACAGCUUCCUCCAGGCUCCGGCCAGAGGAAGGGACGGCAGGAGAAAGAAGCAGUCAGCUUAGAGCCAGUUACCGGGAGGGAGUCACCUAGAACUUCAGAGAAAUGCCUGCAUGUCACGGGCAUUUAUAUGAGAGCCUGUAUAUAAAAGUAGUCAUGAAAACAUUGAUAUUGCACUUGUACAUAUCUAUACAGUAGUGUCUGGAAUGUUCAGACAUUCAGAGUGUACAUAAAACAGAAAAAUAUCUUAAUGUAUUUUUAUUAAAUGUAAUGGUGUCUGAGUUUCACUCAGUAUGUUUUUGUGCCACGUACUGGAUAUCUAAGUUUGGAGAAGUCCUCUCGUUAGUCCGUGAUACAUUGAUAACAAAGCCAUGAAAGGCAUCCCCAUCGUGCUGAUGUGUUCAACACAUCUGGUACCAAUUGGAUAAUUUAAAACAGGAAUCGUCUGUCAGUACACAUAUGAGAAACUGGGCAGCGAGUCCAUUUAAACAGCAGUAUGUGAGGAGACUCAAAGGCAGCGGGACUCUUUCUGUCGCUGUUGUUGGCUCUGCAAGUACAUCGUGAAUCUUUCUGUCAGCCUCUUGGUGCUGUGAGUGGCCAGGGAUGACCAAUCUUGUCCUGAGAAAUGAUUCUCUUAGUCUCUGAAUUCAAAGACUAUACCUGUGGAAAUCAGAUUUUCCAAAAAGGGGUUUUCUAGGCUGCAUUUUGAUGUGGUUUUCUCCAAAUUUUUAAAGACCAUUUCCCAGGACCAUAGUUUAUUAUACUGAAAACUGGGAGUGGGAGAGGGGUGGCUAGUUCGUUGAUAAAUAGCUCCUGCUUUCCCAUGGAGAACUGCACACACCCUGGCCUCCUGUCCACCUCCUACCCCUUCACCACACACAGUGUGGGGAAAAGUCUGUGCUUCCCUGUGAGGAUCACCUCUAAAAGGUGGAAGGGGGUGUGGAGAGAAGGCAGCCCAUACUCCCUUGAGCUAACCCAGAGGGAAAGCAGCCCUAGAGAGAAGACUGUCAGCAAAAGGAAAAUAUCGGAAUAUCUGUGGGUGAGGCGUAAGGUGCAAGACUGGAGACGCACCAAGAAAUCGGGCCAAUGAGAAGACCAGAGCACAAGAGCUACCUUUCAGUGCAGCUCUUGCUCCGUCAACUUCAUGGAGUGUAUUUCAGUAUUUCAGUACACUCCAUUAAGGGGGCGGGAGUGAUUUACUUCCUGGGGUGGUGGCGUUUUCAUGAACACCUUUGAUCUUUCAGUUUCACUCACCCAUCUGUUCAUUCAAACAUAUUCACUAAGCACUUGCCAACAACCUAAGUUAACACUCAGGCAGUGACCAAGAUGAAAAAGAAGCUCUUCAGAAUUACAACGAAAUUCAGCUCCUCAAGCCCCACAUGCCAGGAGAUCUUUCCUGGUGGUUUCUGUGAGAAUUGGCCAUCCUAAGGACAGACCCAGGAAGGCAGAGGGUCUGCCCUUGGGCCAUGCACCGGCUCUCAGUCUGAAAUGUUUGCCCAAUUUACCAAACCAUAAAAAUCAUCGUGAUGGUUUGUAGAUCACCAGGCCCACCAAGAGACUGUUCCCCGGAGUCAUUCAAACUCAUAAACACUCUUGCCUGCAGGGAGAUGAUGUGGAAUGGAGAGGAAGACUGGCGCCUUCUCUUUUAAAGGCAAUAAUGGAAUCAACUUUCGUAACUGAAUUUGUGCACAAGACAUUCUAAACACUACACUAGUGAAGCCUGUUUCGUUGAACUAAUUCUGGCUCUAGAAAUGUUUUUGUUUUAUAGUUAUUUACGGUUUUAUUUUGGUUUGGAUUCGAGCUUAGUUUGUUAAUAUGUAUAAUUUAGCAUCUAUUGCACUCAUGUAAAUAUGGAGUAAGUAUUGUAAACUAUUUCAUUGCUGGGGACUGUGGGUGUUAUACAUACAUUUAGGACUGCAAUUUUUGGUAUUUUUUGUAUUGUAAAAUAACAGCUAAUUUAAGCAGGAACAAGAGAAUUAAGGGAGGUCUGUGCAUUUUAAACACAAAUGUGAAGAACUUGUAUAUAAACAAAAGUAAAUACUAUACUAUAAACUUCCUUCUGAAAUAAAAGUAGAUCUGGUAAAAA